AUGCUGCGCUCCAUAUGGGCGUCAAGGGUGCCGCUGGCAUCCUUUGGGUUCCGCAAACCACCGCCUUCCCCCGCCACACCUGAGGCUUUUGUGCAGCACGUGAGAAUCAAGACCCGGCGUAGGUUAAGAAACGCGGCCAUCGGCGCAGGCGUGCUGUACGUCUGCUGGUCGGUCUACCUCACCCGAGUCGUCGUGCCUCCGAUAGCAAAGCACAUCGAGGAAGACGGCUCGCCCAUCUUCUUUCCCUUUCCCUUUACAUCCAAGACGGUCGAGUCGCGGCCGUACAAAGGCACCGACCCAGAAUGGCAGGAGUAUAUCCGCAUUGCCCGGGACCGCGAGCUGCUGUUAAAGAUUCGAAAUGACAUGCUCGAGACCGUGCGAAUCGCCGCCGAGGCAAAUCCGGUUCUGAUCCAGAGAUGCGGGCGACAGAUGAAGAUACGGAAACACUGGCUAGAUCUGGACUUUCCAUACCGGCCGCCGCCCAAGAUUAUGCGAGACGGUCUCCUUCUCUCGCAGGACGGCCUAGAGCUCGUGACGAUGGAGGUCGACCCGACGACCAUGAUGCGUAUCUCCCGGGCCCUGUGGCCGGCGCCAGUAGCGCAGUCGGCACCGGCCUUUGUCAGCACCCUCUUCCGGCAGAACAUGCAGACUGUGGCCAAGUACUUUGGCUUUGAGGUGGAGGAACCCGCCCCGAUGAACACGUUGGCGGCGGUCUUGAAGAAGAAACUAGAGGAAGCGGAGCGACGGGCCAAGCAGGGCGGCGCGUCUGUGGACAACGGCCGGCGAGUGGCCUCGACCCCGACCUCGGCAGUUGAAGCGGCCGCAGCAGCAGCAACAGGCACGACGAAUGCGGUAGGCCUUCCAGGAGCCAAUGUGGCGGACGGUGGACAGCAGCCGACGGCGGCGACGACGUCGACGUCGACGAACGAGGACUCGAGCAAGCCGAUGAACGCCAAGGACCUGAUCCCGUUCAACUCGCUGCGGCCGAGCAUCGAGGAUGCGUGGGCCGAGUUCAAGAAGAAGCUCUCACAGACGUGGCUGCCACUGCGGCCACAGCCACCGGGCGGCUGUGUCGGGGUGUCAGGUCUCGUAGAGCUGCACUCGUCCAACUCGCGGAUCAUGAUUGAGGUCAGCGCGUUCUGGGAUCCCAAGACGAGAAAAUACGAUGCCCAGACGAUGCACAUGAAGCUGCGGAGCAUCCGGCCGCGCAACCAGGUGCCGCUGUAG